AUGGUGACUGUACCGACUGAACAACUUCCUCCAGGAUGCCCGGACUUUGACAAGCUCCCGGAUUUAUAUGGCUGGCCACGCGAAAAUGGAAAUGGCUACCGCAUCAGCGAGUCACUUUGUGGUACCGAGCGCCCGUUGCGCAUCGUCUCACUCGGAGCAGGUGUAUCUGGUAUCAAUUUAGCCAAGAUUCUACCCGACAAAGCGAAAAAUAUUAGUUUGGUAAUUUACGAGAAAAACCCAGAGGUUGGAGGAACUUGGUAUGAGAACCAAUACCCAGGAGUUGCAUGCGACAUACCCUCGAAUAAUUACCAGUUCACCUGGGCGAAGAAGCCUGACUGGGAGCGAUUUUACUCCCACGGGGAUGAAAUACUACAGUAUAUGAAAGACGUUGUAGACACAUUUGGUCUGCAGAAAUACUUUGUCCUGAGCCAUCAAGUCACCGGAGCAUUUUGGGAUGAGACUCGUGGUUUAUGGGACGUGCACGUCACAAAUCUCGAAACAGGAGAAAGAUUUGUCGACAGUGCAGAGAUAUUUAUUAACAAUGGCGGACUUCUGAACGCCUGGCGAUGGCCUGAUAUCGAAGGACUGCACGAUUUCAAAGGGCAGCUCACGCACACGGCUCGCUGGGACCCUAAGAUUGAUUACAAGUCAAAGUCCGUGGCAGUUAUUGGAAUUGGCAGUAGCGGUGUGCAGGUAAUUCCAUAUAUUGCCCCGGAGGUAACUCAACUCUAUACUUGGAUCCGAUCACCUACCUGGAUCACGGCAGGGUUUGCCCAGCAGUAUGCAGGCCCGAACGGUACAAAUUUCGAAUAUUCAGAAGAGCAAAAACAACACUGGGCUGCACACCCAGAUGAACAUCAAAAAUACUGCAAGGCUAUCGAGGACGAACUUAACCAGCGAUUCAAAUUUAUCCUAAAUGGCUCUCCAGAAGCCGAGCAGGCAAAGAAGUUCGCCGCCUCGCAGAUGAAAGAAAAAUUAGGCGGAAGAACGGAUAUUGAGGAGAAGCUCAUCCCAACAAAUUUUGGCGUGGGAUGUAGGCGACCCACGCCUGGGAAUGGGUUUUUGGAAUCUCUGACUCGCCCGAAUGUGAAGGUCUUUACCCAAAUGAUGAAAAAGAUUACACCAGAAGGUUUCAUCGACCAUGAGGGAAACGAACACAAGGUCGACGUGAUAAUUUGUGCCACAGGUUUCGACACAUCGUGGAUCCCUCGUUUCCCCAUUAUAGCCCAUGGCAAGAAUGUGCAAGACGUCUUGCGUGAAAAGCUCAUUUCGUAUCUCUCGAUCGCAAUGCCCGAUGUCCCCAAUUACUUUACUAUUGCUGGCCCAUACGGCCCUUUCGGCCAUGGCUCAUACAUUGCUGUAAGUGAAAUGCUGGUCGGUAAUAUCUGCGCUGUGGUCAAAAAGAUGCAAAAAGAGAACGUUAAAUCCGUGACCCCUCGGCGAGAUAUCUGUGAAAAAUUCGCCGAACACGCAGAUCUGUACAUCCAGCGUACGGCAUGGGCUGGACCAUGCUCUAGCUGGUUUAAGAACGGAGAUAAGAAUGGGCGACUGGCCAUGUGGCCAGGCUCUAGACUAACGUAUUUUGACGUCAUGUGGGAGCCCCGGUUUGAGGAUUAUCAGAUCAAGUACUGGAGUGGGAACCCUUUUGGAUACCUCGGUAACGGAUUCGCCUUGAUUGAAUUCAACGGUGGUGACAUCUCCUACUAUUUGGGUACCGAGGAAAAGCCCGGCGGCGUUCUUCCUCCAAAGAAAUCUCAGACAUUGACGCACAAUGGUUCUAAUGGCAACGGAGUUGCGCAUUAG